GGGCGGGGGUAGGGACGGGGCGGGGGGAGGCGAAGGGGUCCCCCCGUCCCCCCAACGCGCGUGUGGCCGGGCAGGAUGGCGGAGGGGGUGCUGGAGGUGGGGGGCGUCCCCCCCGACAUGGAGGAGGAGCUGGCAGUGCUCUACUUUGAGAGCCGGCGGCGCUCGGGGGGGGGGCCCGUGCUGAGCUGCCAGCGCCUCGGCCCCCUCCUCUUCCUCACCUUCGAGAACCCCCAGGAUGCCCAGAACGUCCUGGCCCGUGGCAGCCACCGGCUGGGGGGGGCCGAGCUGGGGGUGCGCCCUGCCCCACCCUGGGACCCCAACCACCUGCUACUGCGGGGGCUGCGCCCCGAGACCCCCCCUGAGCUCCUGGAGCCGCACCUGGAGGCGCUGCUGGGUCGCCCCCACGGCACCUUCGACCUGUGCCGGGGCCCGGCGCCCGGCUGGGGGCUGCUGCGCCUGCGGGACCCCAUCACCUCCCUCGAGUUCGCGGCGGUGGAGCAGCGGGCGCAGCGGCAGGGGCCCGAGGGGGCCGCGGUGGCCCUGCUGCGGCCGCCGCAGACCAGCAGCGUGCUGGUGCGGGCGGAGGCGCCGGGGCUGUGCCGCGACCUGCUGGAGCUCUACUUCGAGAACCGUCGCAGCGGCGGCGGCAGCGUGCAGGCGGUGCGGCUGCUGUGGGGCGGCCGGGCGGCCGUCGUCACCUUCCAGGAACCCGCAGCGGCGCAGCGGGUGCUGCAGAGGCCCCACCGGCUGCAGGACACAGUGCUGGCCCUCGCCCCCCACUACCCCUUCCUGGAGCCGCUGGAGGAGGACGCGGACCCCCCGCCGGACACGGCACCUCCACCAGACACAGCCCCCCCGCCAGACGUGACCCCCUCGCUGGACACGACCCCCACACCACACACAGCCCCCCCAGCCCCUGCCAGCCCAGACCCCUGCCCGGAGGUGGCAGAGCCGCUGGCGUCGGGCCCGGUGCCGGGGGCGCUUCCCAGGGAGGGUGAGGACACGGAGCAGGCGGCGAUGGCGGGGUCGGCGCAGGACGAGGUGCUGGUGCCGGCGGAGCCGGGAGCGCUGCGCUACCUGCAGCGGCACUACCAGGACCUGCUGGCCAGCAUCCCCGAGGUGUCCCUGCUGCCGCUGGAAGGGGAGGACGUCACCGGAUUCCGGGUGAGCGGGGAAACGGGCCGGUGCCGGGCAGCGGCCGAUUUCCUGCAGAGCCUGCUGGGCAGCGUGGGCUCGCAGCCGGUGCUGCUGCGGUUCCCCGGCGUCGCCCGCUUCCUGCGGGAUGAAGGCGGGCAGAGCGUCCUCCGGCAGCUGGAGAGCCGCUUCCAUUGUGUCAUCGACCUGGACGGCGUCCACUGGAGCCCCCCGGACCCCCAGCUGGAGCUGGCGGAGCUGCUCCCCCGGAGCUGCCGCCGGGACCCCCUGCCCACGGCGCUGCGCUCCGGGCACCAGGACCGGCCGGACGACGCCGACAGUGCUGACGGCGCCGACGACGCCGACGGCGACAGCCUUCACUCCAACAUAGAGGAGAUCAAGGAGCUGCUGGCAGCGCUGCACCCCGGCGAGGACGCCGGCGAUGGGGAGCCCGUGCCGCAGCCCGGCGACGACGCCGACGAGGAGCUGGACUCCCACGCCAAGCCCCUCGCCGCGGCCGACGCGGAGGGCAUCGGGCAGACGCUGUCGGGCGGGCAGGGGGCCGGGAUGGAGGAGGAGGCGCAGAUGGUGCUGGCCAUCCAGCGCUCCAUGGACAGCAGGCGGCACGAGGAGGAGGAGGAGGAGGAGCUGGCGCGCGCCACCGCGCUCUCCCUCCGCUCCUACUGCCAGGAGCGUCGGGCAGCCCCCGGCGCACGGAGCGAGGAGGAGGAAGAUGCCGGCCUCCUGGCCGCGCUGGAGGCCUCCCUGGAGGAGGCUCUGCCGGCGGCGGACACGGCGCGGGUGAUGGUGUUCUACUCCUUCGAGCGGGACGUGGCCGCGGUGCCGCGGGAGCUGGAGCAGGCGCUGGAGGGGCGGCUGCGGGUGGAGGCGGUGGCGAGCGAGCGCCUGCGGGUGCUGCCGGCCGCCUGCCGCCGCUGCCUGACCUUCCUGCAGCGCAAGCACGCCGUGCGCCUCUGCCUGCGCCACGGCACCGCCACGCUGCGCGGCUUCGCCGAGUACGCCGCCGCCGCCGCCCGCGACCUCGCCCUCCUGCUGCCGCGGCUGCCGCCGCCGGAGCGCGGCCCCCCGGCCCCCGCCGCGCGCUGGGUGCGGUGGGACCCCUCCGGCACCGCCGUCCCCUACGGCCCCGAGGCCGCCGCGCUGCUGGAGCAGGCCUGGCUGCGCCGGGAGCGCCGGCUGGACCUGCUGCUGGACGGGCGGCCCUUCACCGUCGACUUCAAGCGGAUGGAGGAGUACGACAUCGGCAGCGCCUGCGCCUCGGCCGUCUCCCGCAGCUCGCCCCCGACGGAGAGCGCCCGCCGCCUGCUCGGGCCGGAGGUGCUGGGCCUGGAGGAGGAGGAGGUGAGGCUGAUGCCGCUGGCCGAGGACUCGGAGGAGUUCUGUGACACCGUGCGCCAUUUCUACGAGACGCUGGAGGAGCUGCACAGCCACAUCAGCAUCGUCAAGGUGGAGAAGCUGAUCCACCCGCUGCUGUACAAGCAGUACCAGCUGAAGAAGACCAGCAUGGAGAAGGCGUGUACCGGUGGCGCGGUGGAGAGGGUCCUCUUCCACGGCACCACCGAGACCUCCAGCCGCGAGAUCUGCUUGCACGGCUUCAACCGCAGCUUCUGCGGCAAGAACGCCGCUCUCUACGGGCUCGGCGUGUACUUCGCGGUGCACGCGGCCGUCUCGGCGCAGGAGCAGUACUCGCCGCGCAGCGCCGACGGCUGCAAGUACAUCUUCGUGGCCAAGGUGCUGACCGGGGAUUACACGGUGGGGGGCCAGGGGAUGCGGGCCCCCCCGCUGCGGCAGGGGGCUGGGGCCCCCCUGCGCUACGACAGCGUGGUGGACAACCCUCUGCAGCCCGCCAUCUUCGUCAUCUUCAACGACACCCAGGCCUACCCCCAGUACCUCAUCACCUGCCGCCGCCGCGGGGGUCCCCACUAAGCCCCCUGGCACCCACCGUCCUGGCACGCCAGCCCUGCCUGGGGGGCUGCGGAGGGCGGGGUUUUUCCCUGCCCUGCCCCGGGUGCUCAGGGGUGCGGGGGUCCCCCCACCCGAUCCCGCAGAGCUUGGGGUCUGGGGUGGGUCCCUGCCCUGCGGGUCUUGGGGUGCCACGGGGUCCCUGCGCAGCCCUGGGGGCUCGGAGCUUGGGGGGGUGUCCACAGCCCAGAGACACUCCUCGCCCCCCCCUCCAGCCCUGGGGCAGGGGUGGGAUGCGGGAGGGCUCGCAGCCAGCAGUGCAAUAAGAACCAAAGUGGGAAUAAAGUUGGAGAAUUGGA